AUGCUCCUCUCCAACAUCACUCACUCUAUGACAGGAGCCGUGCCUCUCUCGGUGGACUUCGACAGUCCCGGGGACUACUUCAUCUUCAUCUUUCAGAUUUUAUUCGCGACAGCCACUGUCCUCGUGGCCGGGACGGUGGUCAUCGGUAUCUCGGCCACCAGGGCGCUGCGCGUCCAGAACCGGUUCAUUUUCAUGCUGAACACCAGCAUUUGCGACACGCUGGUCGGGUUCUCGGUCUACUAUCUCGGGCUGUUUGAUGUUCAGGAGGGGUACCCGUCUAGACGCGGGACUUACAAUGUUUUACCGUCACUCCUAGGCGUCAACAUACUGACAUUUUUGUUCGCACAGUUCGACCGGUAUUUCGCCGUGUGCCACCCGUUCGUCUACAGCCGCUUCGUCACCAGACAGUUUGUGAUUGGCGUUAACGUCUACUGCUGGGUUUACAACUUUGCUCACUUGCUCGCCAGGAAUGUGUUGCCCCUUCCCAAGGCGAUGCAGCUGUACGUGUUCAGCAUUGUCUUUUUUCAGCUGAUCGUGCUCACCAAAGUGGUCAUGACGGUCAAGCUGUACGUUAUAGCCCGGUUCCAGCUGGAAAGACACCCUGCCAGCGCCGAGAGAGAAAGCAAAAGGGAAUCGCUAAGGAUCAUCAUUUUCGUUGUCAUAAGCUUCCUGGUGUUGUGGUGCCCCUCUUUUGUGAAUAUCAUCGUCAGAUUUGUGAUGGGAAGGGGGCUGACGUUUAGGAACGAGGCCACCAAUCUUUUCGCCAUCAUGGCUCGCUUGAACGCCGUGUGCACACCGUCUGUGUACAUCUGGGGGAGUCCGGCUCUGAGGGAGGCCGCGGUGAGGACAGUGUGGGGCAGGCUGUGCCCGGGGUGCAAGAGGAGGUAA